AAAUCAAAUUUAUAAUAAUAAUAAUAAACCAAAGAUUAAUAAAUCAAAAAAAAAGAGAAAAAAACCUCUAAUUCAAAAUCGAAUAUUUUUAUCAGCCUCGCGUUGAUUCCAUAAACAUCUUUCAUUCAUUCUUUCUUAUUGAAUACUAUACCUCUUACAACAAAAAUGAAAAUCUAAGACGACUCUUUCGAACAAUCUCCCCAAUCAUACUCCAAGCCCAUUUCCAAGACCCAAGUUGGUACUAAGAACAAUCGUAAGUAUAAUAAAAUCACUCAUGAUCUCCGCAUGAAAUUCCUUGAUAAGAUUUUCUUUGAAAAUAAAUCUAUCAAGAAAGCUGCUUAAGAAUUAAAUAUCAACUACUCUUCUGCUAAGACCAUCUUGAAUCUCCACAGAAAGAAGUAAAGAUUCUAAUUAUAAGCUCCUGCUUCUGUUUCCGAUAUCUCUAGUGAAAUCGAUUCAACCAAGAUCUGUGGAUUCUCAACUCAAACCCUCUUCAAAAAGCAAAAGCUUGAGUUAGUCGUUACCUUGGGUGGUCGUUUAAUGAACUCCAACAAGAUUGAUCCCUCCACUAUUAACAAUCCUUUCAUUUUACAAAACAAUGAAAAAUUAGUUGUCUCUCAACCUGUUAGCCUUUAUAAGACUGUUCCUAUUACUCCUGAAGAACUCUUCUUGUAAUAACAAUAACAACACAACCAACAACAACAAUAACAAUUGUUACUUAAGUUACUCUAAGAAUAAUAACUUCAAGAGUAAUAAAGACUCCAACAAUAAUAGCAAUUAUAAUAAUAGCUUGCUCUCAACCCUGAACUCUACUCCCUCUUCCUUGAAAAGCAAAAGCAAUAAGACCAAUAACAAUAACUCAUUAUUGCUCAACUCCUCUAACAAUAACAACAAAAGAACCAAGCUUUUGGUUUAUUUUGA